AUGGCCUGCUUAGACAUGUACAACUCAGAGCAUAAGGGUCAUGGUGGUCAUCAUCCAUUUGCUCCAAUGAGCCCAAGAAUUUCCUUCUCUAAUGAUUUUGCAGAUGCCCAACAUGCCAUCAAGCAUGAAAGGAGCUCCAGAGAAGCUCCAGUUUCCUCAGAUUUUGAGUUCUCAGUGACCAACUAUUCCAUGAUGAGCGCUGAUGAGCUCUUCUGUAAGGGAAGGUUGCUGCCUUUCAAGGACAGCUGCACCAGCAGCAGCAGCAGCAAACAGAUGCAGAGGAGCACUACCACUCUCAGAGAUGAGCUUCUUCAUGGGGAGGAUCAUGAUGAUGAAGUGUCAUCCAGGCCACCAAAGGGGUCAUCAUCAUCAACAAGAUGGAAGGGGCUUCUGGGCAGGAAGAGGGCCCACAUUGGCUCCAAGAAAGCUCACAAGAAUGAUGGGUCUGUGGAUGGUAGGAGUUCUGGUCUUGUGGUGGUGCAUGAGGAACCCCGACAUCAUGUUAAUAAUCAGACUUCACAGGAGGUCUUGAAUGAAGGAGGGUCAAGUUGA